AUGGAGAAGCUUCCUCCCGAAAUAUGGCUUCAUAUUACGGGUUAUCUUCUGAAUUCGGGUCUCGCAACUUUAGCGCAGCUCAAUAGUAGAUUUCAGAAUAUCGUUAACAAUUCGCGGCUCUACAAAUCAAUAAAAACUAGCUCAUUUGAAUCAUUGAUUUCGUUACAUAACAUCAUUACUUCUCAAGAUUGCUCGUUCAAAACGAAAGUCGAACAUUUGGAAUUCAAUAUAAAAAAAAUCCAAGAAGACUAUAACAUCCAUCUCCGAAUAUGUGCAGACCAGACUGAAAUAACCAAUUUUCAAUUUGGCAGCAGAACUACGUUAAGACCGGAGGAUUAUGAUAAUACUUAUGAGGCUGCUUGCAUCGCCAAACAUCAUGCUUGGAUGCCGGAAGAAUAUGAUAACUUCUUGGAGUACUCGUCCUCACUAUCUCUUUCAAGCAGCUCAACAACUUUGAACCAAUUAUCAGAACCACGGUUGGUAAACGAACGAGACCCAUCAGAUCUCAUUGCUAACAUUUCAUACCAGCUACCAAAUUUGAAAUUUCUUAAGCUAAACCAAAUAACUCACAGUUUCUCAUUCAAUAACUCUCCCAAAAACUUGAUCACCAAUGACUGCAUCGUCUCAGUCCCAUAUAUCCACGUAUGUAGCAUGUCUUCCGGCCUAACUUACGAACCAUCACGUCACUUGCCUCCAAAGAUAAUUACCAAGAAACUCCAUUUGCAAAACUUCCUCAUCGAUUCCUCAUCGAUUUCCUCGAUUUCCAACUCGCAUAAUUCAACACUGCACCUCCUAUUACAAAAUACAAGGCUUUCAUAUUUCGUCAUCACCCAACUACCACCGAAAUUCCCGAAUUUGCAUCAUUUGGAAUUGAAAGAUAUCGGAUCACUUCAUAUCAUGACACUAGCAAAACAAUUCGGCCGUGCUUUACUCUCCCGCAAUAAACUUUUCCCUUCCAAACUCGUGAUUGAUCUCUCAUCCCAGUGUUUUCUGUCUCCUGAAUUGACUUUCUAUCUACCAGCUUCAGAUCCCUCAUCUAGUUCUCAAACAAAAGAAUGUCAUUUCUUAUCAAAUUUUUCCGAAAAAUUCGCAUCACAUUUCCAAUUUCUCAGAUCACUCCAGGGUUUUGAAAUUGUUGAAUUCACUAAUGUCGACUUCUUCAAUGGGAAUCAUCAAUCUCUGUUGAUAUUUCAAGACUUCUGCCCGAAAAAGAUUUCUAACAAGCAUGCCUUCUCUCCCAUAAUGAUUAGUGAACCAUUGAUUGGGCUCCAUUCAUUUCUUGAGUUACUUUCAACCACUUCCAAUAUCACAUUCAAUCUAGAUAGACCCAGGGAAACAUAUUUGGGAAAUGGUAGGAUGGGAUUUCAAUUUUGGCAAAACUUAUUAGCUCCAAUAUAUGAGCCCUCUCUCCCAAACAAUAUUAAUUCAGAUAGAGACGACAUUUCUAGAAAUGUUGAUAUCACUAAAGUCAAGAUAAUCGACAAUUUAGGAAAUCUUUUAUACUAUUAUUAA